AUGAAUUUUGAUCACAACAAAUGGAUUAUCAAUAUUAGCAGCAAACAAAUCCCAGAUAGAGUACUGAGGUUUCUUAGUCUUGGCGAUAGAUUCGCUCUACCAGUUGACAACAAUGACAGGAGAGAUCGCAUAGAUUCGGUGGUUGACGUAAUAAAAAAUUUUGAAUUCAAUGUUUACCAGAUCGCGGACGAUAUUGUUGACGAAGCGCGCAACCGUAUUUCGAAUUCGUUGUUUAAAUUCUUGCGGACUAAUAAGCAUAAAAAUUGUAUAGAGAGGUUUAUUUUGCAAGAGUUUAGAUUUUGUAAAAGGUUCCUCCGUAACAACGAUGAUGUCUUUGUUACAAAGGCAGACAAGGGCCAAGUUACCGUGAUCAUGGAUAAAAGUACGUAUGUUAAUAAGAUGACUGACUUACUUAGUGACAGUUCCACGUACAAAAAAUUGAAAAGCAAUCCUAUAAGAAAAAUAACAUCGAAAAUCAACGAAGUGGCAAAGUCUUGGUUUAACAUGGGCAUCAUCAAUGAGCAAGUUUUUAGACAUUUGAAUUGUACUAAUGGGAAUCUACCGCGCAGUUACGGACUCCCGAAGAUUCAUAAAAUUGGCUCACCAUUACGUAUAAUUGUUUCCACUUUAGGCAGUCCGCUCUAUAAUAUCGCCAGUCGUUUGCAAAACAUUUUAGAAAAAUCUGUUCCGAAACCUGAAUCGUAUGUUAAGGAUGGUUGGUCCUUUGUAGAAUUGAUUAGAGGAGUGACAGUGGGAGACGGUGACGUUUUAAUUUCGUUAGAUGUCACUUCUCUUUUCACUAACAUACCUAAAGAUCUUGUUUUGAAAGCGAUUGAAGAGAGAUGGAAUUACAUUACUACAAAAACUGAUCUCAGCCUUCCACAAUUCUUGAGUGCUGUAGACUUGAUCCUUAGUUUUACUAGUUUUAUGUUUAACGGCCAAUUUUAUGAACAGAUCUUCGGAAGCCCGAUGGGGUCUCCCCUCUCCCCUAUCCUGGCUGACAUGGUCAUGGAGGAUUUAGAGAAACAUUGUAUACAGCGGCUCAGUUUCAGGAUAUCCUUUUUCAAACGAUAUGUGGAUGAUAUUUUCGCGGUUGUUCCCGAGUCGGGUAUUGGUGAAUUAUUAGACAGUUUCAACAAUUACCACGAUAGAUUAAAAUUCACUUACGAAAUGGAAAGCAAUG